AUGCUUUCCAGGGCUUUCAGGAACAGAUUCGUGGAGUUGCAUUUCAAUGAGAUCCCUCCCAGGGAAUUGGAGGUGAUUCUGCAUCAAAGGUGUCAAAUGUCACCAAGCUAUGCUAAGAAGAUGAUAGCUGUCAUGACAGAUCUGCAGACUAGGAGAAGGGGAUCUGCAGCUUUUGCAGGCAAACAAGGCUUCAUAACCUUGAGAGACCUAUUCAGAUGGGGCGAACGUUACAGACUAGCCCAAAAUACUGACAAACUUUAUGAUUGGGAUCAGCAUUUGGCCGAUGAAGGGUAUUUGGUGCUUGCAGGAGAGUUAGGAAGCCUGAAGAGAAACUGGAAAUCAUCGAUGUACUGA